GGAGCCCCGCUGCCGCCAUCUCUGCCUUCUGUGUGGGUUGGACCCCGGCAACGAGGUCUCCUUCCUACUUUGGAAACUGAAAGGACUGCGACAUAAACCAGUCUACUCUCUGAAGUAAGAUGAUUUGUCAAAAAUUCUGUGUGGCUUUGUUACAUUGGGAAUUUAUUUAUUUGAUAACUGCAUUUAACUUGGCAUACCCAAUUACUCCCUGGAGAUUUAAGUUGUCGUGCAUGCCACCAAAUACAACCUAUGACUUUCUCUUGCCUACUGGAAUCUCAAAGAACACUUCAAAUGUGAAUGAACAUUAUGAGGCAGUUGUUGAAGCUAAAUUUAAUUCAAGUAGUACCUACUUUUCUAAUUUAUCUUCCAAAACAACUUUUCACUGUUGCCUUUGGAGCGAGGAAGAUAAAAACUGUUCUGUACAUGCAGAUGACAUGGAAGGGAAGGCAUUUGUUGCAACAGUGAAUUCUUUAGUUUUCCAACAAAUAGGUGCAAACUGGAACAUACAGUGCUGGACGAAAGAGGACUUGGAAUUAUUCAUCUGCUAUAUGGAGUCACUAUUUAAGAAUCCUUUCAAGGCUUAUGACCUUAAGGUCCAUCUUUUAUAUGUUCUGCCUGAAGUGUUAGAAGAGUCACUUCCGGUCCCCCAGAAGGGCAGUUUUCUGACUGUUCAGUGUAACUGCAGUGUUCGUGACAGCUGUGAAUGCCAUGUGCCUGUGCCCACAGCCAAACUCAACCACACUCUUCUUAUGUAUUUCAAAAUCACGUCUGGUGGAGUAAUUUUUCAGUCACCUAUGAUGUCAGUUCAGCCCAUAAAUGUUGUGAAGCCUGAUCCACCAUUAGGUUUACAUAUGGAAAUCACAGACACUGGCAAUUUAAAAAUUUCUUGGUCCAGCCCAACAUUGGUACCAUUUCAACUUCAAUAUCAAGUGAAAUAUUCAGAGAAUUCUUCAACAAAUAUGAGAAAAGCUGAUGAGAUUGUCUCAGCUACAUCUCUGCUGGUAGACAGUGUGCUUCCUGGGUCUUCAUAUGAAGUUCAAGUGAGGGGCAGGAGACUGGAUGGCCCAGGACUCUGGAGUGACUGGAGUGCCCCUCUGAUCUUUACCACACAAGAUGUCAUAUACUUUCCACCUAAAAUUCUGACAAGUGUCGGGUCUAACGUUUCUUUUCACUGCAUUUAUAAAAAUGAAAAUAAGAUUGUUUCCUCAAAAAAGAUUAUUUGGUGGAUGAAUUUAGCUGAGAAAAUUCCUCAAAGCCAGUAUCAUGUCGUGGGUGACCAUGUUAGCAAAGUUACUUUUCGCAGUUUGAAGGCAACCAAACCUCGAGGGAAGUUUACCUACGAUGCAAUAUACUGCUGCAACGAGCAUGAAUGCCACCAUCGCUAUGCUGAAUUAUAUGUGAUUGAUGUCAAUAUCAAUAUAUCAUGUGAAACUGAUGGGUACUUAACUCAAAUGACUUGCAGAUGGUCAACCAAUGCAAUCCAAUCACUCGUGGGAAGUACUUUGCAGUUGAGGUAUCAUAGGAGCAGCCUUUACUGCUCUGAUGUUCCAUCUAUUCAUCCCAUAUCUGAAUCUAAAGAUUGCCAUUUGCAGAGAGAUGGUUUUUAUGAAUGCGUAUUUCAGCCAAUCUUUCUAUUGUCCGGCUAUACAAUGUGGAUUAGAAUCAAUCACUCUUUGGGUUCACUUGACUCUCCACCAACGUGUGUUGUUCCUGAUUCUGUGGUGAAACCACUGCCUCCAUCCAGUGUGAAAGUGGAAAUUACUGUAAAAAUUGGAUUAUUGAAAAUAUCUUGGGAAAAGCCAGUCUUUCCAGAGAAUAAUCUUAAAUUCCAGAUUCGCUACGGCUUAAGUGGAAAAGAAGUACAGUGGAAGAUGUAUGAGGUGCAUGAUGCAAAAUCCAAUUCUGCCAGCGUCCUGGUGCCAGAUCUGUGUGCUGUCUAUGCUGUUCAGGUGCGCUGCAAGAGGCUGGAUGGGCUGGGAUAUUGGAGCAAUUGGAGUAGUCCAGCCUACACAGUUGUCACAGAUAUAAAAGUUCCUACCAGAGGACCUGAAGUUUGGAGAAUAAUUAAUGAAGACACCACUAAAAAAGAGAGAAAUGUUACUUUACUUUGGAAGCCUCUGAUGAAAAAUGACUCAUUGUGUAGUGUAAGAAAAUAUGUGGUAAAACAUCAUACUUCCCGCAAUGGAACAUGGUCAGAAGAUGUGGGAAAUCACACUCAAUUCACUUUCCUGUGGACAGAGCAAGCACAUUCUGUUACAGUUCUGGCUGUCAAUUCAAUUGGUGCUUCUUUUGUGAAUUUUAAUUUAACAUUCUCAUGGCCUAUGAGCAAAGUAAAUACCGUGCAGUCACUCAGUGCUUAUCCUUUAAACAGCAGUUGUGUGUUUCUUUCCUGGAAAUUAUCACCCAGUGAUUACUCUCUGAUGUAUUUUAUUACUGAGUGGAAAAUUCUUAAUGAAGACAGUGAAACUAAAUGGCUUAGAAUCCCUUCAUCCUUUAAGAAAUAUUAUAUUCAUGAUCAUUUUAUCCCCAUCGAGAAGUAUCAAUUCAGUCUUUACCCAGUAUUUAUGGAAGGAGUGGGGAAACCGAAGAUAAUUAAUAGUUUUACCCCAGAUGAUAUUGAAAAACGCCAGAAUGAUGCAGGUCUAUAUGUAAUUGUGCCAAUAAUUAUUUCCUCUUCAAUCUUAUUGCUUGGAACAUUAUUAAUAUCACACCAAAGAAUGAAAAAGAUGUUUUGGGAAGAUGUUCCAAACCCCAAGAACUGUUCCUGGGCACAAGGACUUAAUUUUCAGAAGCCAGAAACGUUUGAGCAUCUUUUUGUCAAGCAUACAGAAUCAGUGAUAUUUGGUCCUCUUCUUUUGGAGCCUGAAGCCAUUUCAGAAGAUGUCAGUGUUGACACAACAUGGAAAAAUAAAGAUGACAUGGUGCCAACAGCUCUGGUCUCUCUACUUUUGGCAACUCCGGAUCUUGAAAAGGGUUCUAUUUGUAUCAGUGACCAGCACAACAGUGCUGACUUCUCUGAGCUUGAGAGCAGCGUGGUAACCUAUGAGGAUGAGAACAGGAGACAGCCCUCUGUUAGAUAUGCUACCCUACUCAGCAGCUCUAAAUCAAGUGACAUUGAUGAAGAGCAAGGGCUUAUAAACAGUUCAGUCAGCAAAUGCUUCUCUAGCAAAAAUUCUCUGUCCAAGGAUUCUUUCUCUAACAGCUCAUGGGAGAUAGAAACCCAGGCAUUUUUUAUAUUAUCAGAUCAGCAUCCCAAUAUAAUUUCACCACACCUUCCGUUCUCAGAAGGAUUGGAUGAAUUUUUGAAACCUGAGGGAAAUUUCCCUGAAGAAAAUAAUGGUGAGAGGUCUGUCUAUUAUUUAGGGGUCACCUCAAUCAAAAAAAGAGAGAGUGGUGUAUUUUUGACUGAUGAGUCACAAGUGUUGUGUCCGUUCCCAGCCCAUUGUUUACUCACUGACAUCAGAAUCCUCCAGGACACUUGCUCACAACUUGUAGAAAAUCAUUUCAGUUUAGGAACUAAUGGUCAGAAGACUUUUGUAUCUUACAUGCCUCAGUUUCAGACUUGUUCUACUCAGACUCGGAAGAUAAUGGAAAACACAAUGUGUGACCUAACUGUCUAAUUUCAUUCAAGAAACAUCUCAGAUGUAUGUUACAGUGAAUCGUAUGAAGUGUAUGUAAUACAGUCCACCAUGGUUGUGGAUAUGGGAGAGGAAGGAAAACUGUCAGAGUCAAACUUGAAAGUGAGUGUUUCCAAAUUAAAGGUAUCUGUCAUUGCUCAGUAAUAUUGACAAAAAAAUGAGAGUCUUCAAGAGCCUGGCAAUGUAGACUGACUCUUCUAAUGAUUUCAUUAACAAGCUACGCUAGGAAGAUCUCCAAUGGUUUGUUUCUAGCUAGAAAUGAACCCAACAAAUACCACCUUUGGCGAACAUUAGACCUGUGUAGAAAGAGCUAAUCUUCUCGAUUAUACCUAAGUUUGAAAGACACUGUGGGAUGUAACUUGUUUCAAAGGUAUGGUUGUUUUAUCUUGAGUUGUCUUUGUUUUCAACUGAUUCACACGCGCGUGCGCGCGCACACACACACACACGUCUAUACAUAAGAGGCAUCCUCGUACAUUUUUGAAGUAUGUGAUAUAUUUGUAUUUGUGCCACUUGACUGUGUGAUUUUAAGAUUUUGCAAUUUAACAAACUUGCCUUGAGCACUUACUCUGUGGUAGGCAGUCCGCUAAAUGUUGCAGAUUUAGAUCUGGCCUGGGGGAUAUACUUCUGAAGACUGACAAGUAAGCUGAUCUUUAUGUAUCGAAUAUAACCAUGCAAUGAUACUACCUAUCAGAAUGGCAAUACUAGAAUACAAACAGUAUUUUGAUGACAACAAAAGCAUUUUGAAAACAUAAUGUGUGUCUUAACGCUUCCCUAUAAAAGAUGUUGCAGUGGUUGCUUUCUGAUACAGUUAGAUGACUAAAUGCUACUGUAUAUCACUCUGGAAUUAUUGUCUUCCCUGAUUCCAACUUGCUUGUACGCUGUUUUUUUUCCCUCACUUCUCUUUCAUAUAACCACCCACUGUGUUAAAGCUUUCCAUAUUUUAUCUCAAUCAAUUAUUAAAAUAAUUGUAUGAGACAUGUACUACUAUAACACCCUUAUUAAAGAUUAGAAGAUUAAGUAAUUUUCCCAAGGACACAGAGUUAGUGUAUAAUGGAACCAGAAUCCAGAUUUAAACCCAGAUCUUUUAAUGCUAGUGAUUAUGUUUUAAACCUAUACCUUACAUUGCCGUCCAUUAAAAAAAUGAAUCACAAGCAGAUAAAAUUUGUUAAGUGGAUAUAUAAUCCUGGGUGAAAAUGAAGUGAGAAUUACACAGAUGUUGUUUUUGCCUUUAAAGACUUUAAUAUUUCUUGUUUGUUUCAGUUUUUGGUAUGGCAAGAAAACUCCGAGACAGCAUUUUGAGCAACAAACUAAUCAAGAAACCUGCAGAGAUAGAUGUUGAGUGUCAAUAAAUCAGAAUUUCAAGAUGAUCAGUAUAAUCAAAAUACAUACUUUAGUACUCAGAAAUAUGCCUAUUAGAUUGCUAAGCAUCACCAGUUUCAUACUUGGCCUGAGAGAGGAUCCUGCUGAUUUUACUGUUACCCUAGAUAAAAUCCUACACUCCAUCUCUAUUCUAGUUGUGGCCAUAUGAAAUGAGAAGUUCUAGACAGUGACAAAGAUCUCAGGUCCCAAACAACAGGUAUUUUUUUUCACACUUCAUGAUCAUUUGCCAAUUAGAAAUCAAUAAAGUUGUUUCAUGCCAUAAGGAUUGUUGAGAUAUCUCAGGAUCUCACAUACUCAUCAACAGAUAGGUGACUCACAAGAGAAUGGUAGAGGGCUCACAUCAACUCACUGAAUUAUGAGUGUGGUAUGAAAGCCUUAGUUCUAUACAAAGAUAAAUUGAGAGAAUACAUUUUUGUUUCACUGAUGUUUUAAGUGGUUUACAGAUUCAGAAACAAAGAAAUUAUUGCAUGUAUGGAAGUUCUGGCAAAAUUGACCAUUAUUUUUAAUGCUGCUCAUAGAAUAUAGAAGUUGUAUUGAGGAUGCAGUAUAGGAGAAUUACAUUUUGCUCCAUUCUGCAUAAAGUUAGAGAUUAAACAAUGAGCAUGUCCACUGAGACACAACAUUCUCCUGUGGCCUGGGACCCAUGACUAUAUGACUAUGGGGAAGAGAAAGUGACAGAUGUUCCAAGCAGCCUAUGAUUUCACCAUGCUAUAUGUAUGUGGCAGUGAAUUCAGAAGUCCCAGCAACAGUGUAGUGCUGCAGGUCUGAGUUAAAGGAAUUUAGUAACAAUAUAUUAACGAGAUCAUUGAUAUCCCGGUGCACAGUUCCAAAAACAAAUGAAAACAUCUCAAGUAGUGAAAUGCCAAGGGAGUUGUUUUCAUGGAGAGGGCUGAAUGGUAGAGUUUGGCCUAUUGGUAUAUAUAGAUUUAGAUCCUAUGUGUUGUCAGUGUGUUAGGGCUCUGAUUUUCACUUUUGAAAGUUUGUUUCACUGCAUAUAUCACUAUACAUUAUUGGGUCUUUAUGAAUAUUACCUGUCAUUAAGUAGUGGGUUUUAAUAAAAAUAUAGGUAAAUUUAGAACAUU